UACGUGCUGUACGUCUGUGCGUGGAAAUACACGUAUGUCACGCUCGGGCACGCACAGAAACCGGAAGUGACGCCCGACUUUCUGACAUCGUCAGAAUAAUGGCUGCCUGAGAAGUCGAAGAAUUAAAAAAAUUAAGGUGCCGUUGCAUUGCAAAGACGCUCUCGGCUUCAGCGUUAGUUGUCUCCUCACAGUCCGAGGGCCACCGUGGGCGCCGGUUUGGCGGACCGACAGCUCCCCGGGCAUGCCGUCCCUCCCUCACGGACAGCACCUGCUGGAUCAACUGAGAAAGCAGCGCGAAACCGGCUUCCUAUGCGACUGCACGGUGGCCAUCGGGGAGUCGCGCUUCCGGGCGCACCGCAACGUGCUGGCGGCCUUUAGCACCUACUUCAGCCUGCAUGGGACGCAGGAGGGACCCAUCACCGUGUCCCUGAACCCAGAGCUGGUGAAUGAGGCGGCGUUUGAGAAGCUCCUGGACUACAUGUACACUGGGGAGCUUGACGUUGACAGUGGGAAUGUGGCAGAGAUUUGCAGGGCUGCCCAGUUCCUGGAGAUGACAGAGGUUGUAUCCGAGUGUGCACUGCUCCAGGAGGACGUUAAGCCAGUGCAAGGUGUAACCCUGGGGACAGACGAGUGUGGCGUCAAGGUUACUACUGAGGGUGACCCGUCUAGCCCGGAAAUCCACGAUCCCCUGGAGCCAGAGGAGGAUUUGGACUCAUCCUUUCAAAGGGACCCGGUGUCUGAGAGCCCGGAUCCCAGCCUGCAGGCUUCUCGCCCAGUCACCAGACGGGGCAGGAAGCCCAGAGUCAGAAUCGACGACAGUGAUGUCCCUACAAAUUCCGUUAGGCGCACGAGGGCCAAGGCAGGCCAGAGUCUGGCCCUGGGGGCAUUCACUGACGCCAGUAAUAAGGACCCCGAUCCCUCCAGCGGACCUAUGGAGACGCAACCGGAGUCCGCGGCCGCUAUCAUGGACGACGGCGACUUCCCGGAGCGGGGCUCAUCUCCACGGAAACGCGCCACGAAGAGGGGGAGGAAGAGGGGUCAGAGGAAGAGUGUGGUGCUGAAAGAGAAUCGCAGGGAUGAGACCUCCCCUGAGGAGGAUGGCGGCGAGGGGGACGCCCCCCCGGCAGUGGCGGGGCGACAGCGGGCCAGGGUGAAGCCCGUCUGCAGCACCUGCGGGAAGACGUUCUCAGAAACAAGCAGCCUGCGCAGACACCUGCGCAUACACAAGGGCGUCAAGCCAUAUGAAUGCCAGCUCUGCGGCCGUGCGUUCAGGCAGGGUAACCAGCUGAAGACGCACGUGCGGACCCAUACAGGAGAGAAGCCCUAUGAGUGCACACUGUGCGGCAAGAGCUUCGCCCAGAAGUGUCAGCUAGUCUUCCACUGCCGCAUGCACCACGGCGAGGAGAAGCCCUACAAGUGUGAGGUGUGUGGGCUGCAGUUUGCCACCUCCAGCAACUUCAAGAUACACAGCCGGAAACACAGUGGGGAAAAGCCAUAUGAGUGCAACUGCUGCGGGAAGCACUUUGCGCAGGCCAGCACGCUGACUUACCACAUGCGGCGGCACACGGGCGAGAAACCCUACGUGUGCGACACCUGCGGCAAGGCCUUUGCCGUGUCCAGCUCACUGAUCACGCACGCCAGGAAGCACACGGGUGAGACUCCCUACCUCUGCCUUGUAUGUGGGAAGACCUUCAUGACCUCUGGGGAACUCAACAAGCACUUCCGGUCCCACACGGGUACCCGACGUGCCGACUGCGAGUUCUGUGGGAACUCCUACACGGACGUGAAGUACCUCCGCAAACACAUCGCCAAGCUCCACAAAGACGAGGUGGCCCAGGACUCCAAACAGAUCCCCUUCCCUCUCAACAUCCCAAUCGACCACCAAUCCCUAAUCGCCCGUGCCCCCCCGGAGUCUGUAUGCACCCCAGCGGAGACGGCAGCAGUGCUGACGGAGCCAGUCGUCCCAACGGAGACGCAGCUCAUUUUCAUCCAGACCCUCAACUGAGCUUCCCGGCUUUACCACAUCCUUCCUGAGCAGACCGCCACUCUGGACUCGUAUAUAGCUUUUCACAUUACCACAAGUGGUGCCCAUAUGCAGGCUUAUGCUUAUGUCAGUCAUUCUGGCUUGGUGACAUUUCCAAAGGGCACAGCAGCAUGAUCUGCCCUAAAUCUCUAGCUUUCUGUUCAAGACUGUUUGCCAUUCUGUAUUAGGCUGGGCCAGCUAGACAGGCUCAGGUGAUUACCUUAGACAUAAUUAUUACAGAGGAAGGCCCUGUGUAUGGAUUCCCCUAAGGGACAUGCUGCCCUACCUUCGAACAGGCUACUGUAAACUGAUUGUACGUAUUUAUUUUUAAAAAGGAGUCGAGACUCAGUGUAACUCGCGUUAUAGCCGUGAGGAAAGCUACGACGGUAUUGGUGUAAACUUCUCAGGAUCCCCGCGGCCCAGUCAGCUGUAAGGACUGACGUUUGCAGCACGCGAAACGCAAAUGUGCUUUGGAACGCUUUGUUCUAACUGGGAAUUUAUCGCUGUUUGAAUAGGAACGAAAAAAUAAAAAACAGAAUUUGUAGCGAAUAAGAAGAUGUACAGCCAUGAAAUGUUUCUUUUGUCAUUUGUAAACCAGGUGACACUUCAUAAUGAUUUUUGUUUAAUAUAGUGUCGGCUUUCAGUGAUUAGUUCAUCUUGGUAAUUGCUGAGCGUAAGCCAUAUAAAUCAAUCAAUCGACCAGCGAAAUAGUGCUGGACAAACAUUUAACUGCAUGCAUCUACUGACGAAGGUGCAAGAACUGACACUCGUAUAAGUAUAAAGCUAUAUUUUUGACAAAUUAAAAUGAACAUGCACUACAUCUUGCGUUCUCUUAAGGUGUUUUUUAACCAAGUAAUGAAGUGAUUUAAAGCCUAGUUGGCCGGUCGAGCGGGGUCAUACUGUCUUUCGUGCGGGUUUAUGCAAACGUGUCUUUAUAUGUAGGGAACUGGCUGUUCUGUGCCCAUUGUGGUUAUUGUUUACCUUGCCCGUAUUUGCGUUACGUUAAUUUGUUGUUUAUCUGUACGUAUUUUCAAAAAAUUAUUGAAAUAAAAAUCAGUUUAUUGAUAAGUUUUAUUAACAAA